AUGCCACUGAUUUGUGACAAUGUUGUUUAUGGUCGUGUUGUUGUUACGUGCUGUGGUGUGCUUCAGCCAUCGGUGGAAGCGGAUUCGGACGACGAAUCGACGGAUUAUGAUGACGUCUUCGCUGCUGCCCUCUCUGCUCCUAGCUGUUCUCAGCAGAACAUUGUAGGAACGACAAGUUUAACAGCUCGCCGAGCAAGCACGUCUAGCUCUGCUGUCUCGGAAGCUGAAGAAGCGAGUGAUUCUGACUCUGAUUCGCAACGUUCACGUCAUCGUGCAGUAGAGCUUGUUGACGCAGCAGCUGGCUAUGCUAGUGUUCAGAAUGUGGACGAAGCCAUCUCAUCAUCUGAUGAUCCCAAAGAAGGCGUAAAAGCUGCGUUUUUUACCUCUGAGCAUUCGCAGACGCUCAAAAAUGAGAGCAUCAAUAACGAUGCCGAUCAAGAAAGAGCAGAUGGACAAGAACAAAAGGUAGACCAAGAGCAGGAUUCGCAGCAACAAGAAGAAGAACAACAACAACCAUUGCAGCAGGACAGCUAUGCUGUACCUGUUGCUGCGAUGAAUUUGUCAACAAUGCAAAAAGCUACCGAACCCACUUCGUCACCCAUCGAUGAAGAGACCGAAAAAGCUGCUCGCGGUAUUUCAGACGUACAGGUAGGCAAAGCAAACUUAGUUAAUUGUGUUGUGUUCGUAUUGUGUUGCUACGGUGUUGCAUGCCAUGUAUUUGCAAGCAGAUACAUCGUUUUUUCAAUAAGUGAUAUGAAUCGGUUUCUUUCAAAAUAA